AUGUCUUCCGAUUCUGGCAGACAACUUUUGCCCACAAAUGUUAAACCUCUUCAUUACUAUCUAACUUUGGAGCCAUUGUUUGAUCGUUUCAAGUUCAAUGGUCAAGAGGUUAUCGAUCUUGAGGUUCAAGACGAUUCAGACUCAAUUACUCUUCAUACUUUGGAAAUUGAUAUUUUAGAUACCUCCUUGACCACUGGUACUGGUGAUAUCGUUAAGCCUGUUGGCAUUACCACCAAUGAAGAUGAUCAAACUACCACCUUUAAAUUUAACGAGACUCUUUUGAAAAGGGGACAAAUCGCCAAUUUACACAUUAAAUUUGUCGGUGAAUUGAAUGAUAAGAUGGCCGGUUUCUAUCGUUCCACAUAUGAGGAGAAUGGUGAGGUUAAGUACCUUGCUACCACUCAGAUGGAGCCUACUGACUGCCGUCGUGCCUUCCCCUGUUUCGACGAACCCAAUUUGAAGGCUAGAUUUUCAAUCAGCUUGAUUGGUAACAAGAAGCUUACAUUUUUGUCGAACAUGGAUGUAAAACAGGAAGAAGGUAUCGAUUCUACCAGGAAGAAAGUCGUUUUCAAUGCCACUCCACCCAUGUCCACCUACCUUGUUGCCUUUAUAGUGGGUGAUUUGUCGUACGUCGAGUCGGAAUACAAGUUUAAUGACGUCCCUGUCAGAGUUUAUACAACUCCUGGCUAUGAGGCAAAGGGUCAAUAUGCUGCAGAGCUCGGUGCCCGUGCUUUAGAGUACUACGAGAAGUGUUUCGGUAUCAAAUACCCACUUCCAAAAAUGGAUAUGGUUGGUAUCCAUGACUUCAGUGCAGGUGCUAUGGAAAAUUGGGGUGUCGUUACUUACCGAAUGGUUGAUCUUCUCUAUGACGAGCAGAAAUCCACCUUGGACACUAAAUUGAGGGUCUCGGAAGUUGUGGCCCAUGAAUUGGCUCACCAAUGGUUUGGUAACUAUUGUACUCUUGAUUUCUGGGAUUCUCUUUGGUUAAACGAAAGUUUUGCUACCUAUAUGUCCUGGAAAUGUUGUAACGAGUUCUAUCCUGACUGGAAAGUCUGGGAGAACUUUGUUGGCGAAUCUUUGCAGUACGCCUUAUCUUUGGAUGGUCUUCGUUCUUCGCACCCUAUUGAAGUUCCUGUUAAGCGUGCUGAUGAGAUCAAUCAGAUAUUUGAUGCCAUUUCUUAUGAAAAGGGUUCCUCUGUGUUGAGAAUGCUCGCAAACUGGCUGGGUGAAGACGUGUUCAUCCAGGGUGUUUCUAAGUACUUGAAGAAGCAUGCAUUUUCCAAUGCCAAAACCGAAGCUCUUUGGGAGGCCCUAUCUGAAGUGUCUGGUAAGGAUGUUGAAGGAACCAUGAAAGUAUGGACCGAGAGAGUCGGCUAUCCAUUGGUGUCCAUUAAAGAAAGUGGCUCUAAUGUGAUUGCUACGCAGCAUAGAUUUCUCACUACUGGCGACGUCAAGCCUGAGGAUGACGGUACCGUUUAUCCUAUUUUCCUUGGUCUCAAGACCGAUGCCGGACUUGAUGAGUCUGUUGUAUUCGAUAAGCGUUCAAUGGAAGUUCCUGUGAAGGACAAGUCCUCGUUUUUCAAAGUGAAUGGUAAUUCCAACGGCGUCUUCCGUGUUAAUUACGAGCCUGAAAGAUGGGCCAAAUUGGGUAAGGCUGCAUCGAAGUUGUCCGUGGAAGAUCGUAUCGGCCUGGUUGCAGAUGCGGGUGCUUUGGCAGUGCCGGGUUUCUCCAAGACUAGUAACUUAUUGUCUCUUGUGUCUGGAUGGAAGUCCGAGUCUUCAGUUUUCGUCUGGGACGAGAUUCUCACUCGUUUGGCUGCCAUAAGAGGUGCUUGGUUGUUUGAGGACAGGGCCGUUAAAGAUGCCAUCAAGUCGCUUACCCUCGAUCUUGUUGGAGAGAAGUCCAAUACUUUAGGUUGGAAGUUCGGCAAGCAUGAAUCUUUCUUGGAUCAAAGAUUGAAGGGACUUUUGUUUGGAUCUGCUCUUAGCGCUGGGGACUGUACCGUGGUUGCAGCUGCAGAUAAGAUGUUUGCGGACUACGUUGCUGGGGACAAGGAAGCUAUUCAUCCAAAUUUAAGGGUCAGUAUCUUCAAUAGCAUUGCAUCCAAAGGAGGAGAGAAGGAAUUCAAGCAGUUGGUGUCCAUCUACGAGCAUCCACAGUCAAUGGAUGAAAAGAUUGCUGCAUUGAGAUCGCUGGGUAGAUUUGAAGACUCUGCAAUCUUAUCCAGGGUUCUUUCUUUACUACUAGAUGGUACUGUAAGAUCCCAGGACAUCUACAUUCCAUUGCAAGGUAUGCGUAUACACAAGCUUGGUGUGGAGAUGUUGUUCAAAUGGAUGUGUGAGAAAUGGGACACUUUGUGUCACAUGCUUCCUCCAGGCUUGAGUAUGCUUGGAUCCGUUGUUCAACUCUGUACCUCCGGCUUCACCAAGGAGGAACAGUAUAAGAAGGUUGAAGAGUUCUUCCAGACUAAGGAUACUAAGGGUUUCAACCAGGGUUUGGCUCAAGCCUUGGAAACUAUAAAGAGUAAAUCCGGUUGGGUUGCAAGAGAUUCUAAGGACGUUGAAGCUUGGUUGAAGGCCAACGGAUACUUGAAAUAA